AGCGCUGAGGACAAAUACAAGAUGUGGAUGAGGCACCGCUACAACGACUGCGUGGAUUGCUUGGCGGAGCUGAUGGGCCACGAUGCCUUCCAGGUCAAGGAAUUGUCCCUCUGCACUCUCAUGAAGUUUGUUGAGUUGGAGGCACACCAUCCAUUGAUCAAAGUAGAGUGGAAGGGGAGUUUAACUUUUCCUCGUGAACUUCUUAAGGUAGUUGUUGAUGGCUUACUUCCCUUAAAUGAGGACGCUUCACUCUUGAUCUCUCGCUUUCAAGAGUACAUGGAGUAUGAUGACAUUCGGUACUUUGUCAUAAAGGCAGUCACUGAGAGUAUUGGACAAGUCAUGCAGAAGACAAAAGAGAGGCCACUACCAUUUUACCAGCAGAACGUAUUUUCCCUCAUUUCACCCAUUAACAUGCCGAACAAAGAGAGUGACAUGGUCAAAUUUAUGGUGAAGCAAGAUAACUGGGAGGAAUUGAAAGUGUCGAAGCUGCAGGCACACAAGCAGGCGUUUGAAAAAAUGUGGCUCAGUUUUUUGAAGCACAAGCUACCCACUGGCCUUUACAAAAAAGUUCUUGUCAUUCUGCAUGACUCCAUCCUGCCUUACAUGAAUGAGCCCACUCUCAUGAUAGACUUCCUGACAGUGGCCUAUGGCAUAGGAGGAGCAAUCAGUCUUCUAGCCUUAAAUGGAUUAUUUAUUCUGAUUCAUCAGCAUAAUCUGGAAUAUCCUGACUUUUACAAAAAGCUGUACAGUCUUUUAGACCCUUCUAUAUAUCACGUGAAGUACCGAGCCCGCUUUUUCCAUUUGGCUGAUCUGUUUUUGUCUUCAUCUCACCUGCCAGCGUACCUGGUGGCAGCAUUUAUAAAGCGCCUCUCCCGGCUGGCCCUCACUGCUCCUCCCGAGGCUCUACUCAUGGUCAUUCCCUUCAUCUGUAAUCUCUUUCGGAGGCACCCCGCGUGCAAAGUGCUGGUACACAGACCUAAUGGGCCAGAAGGUAUGUCAGAAGAUCCAUAUAUUAUGGAGGAGGAGGAGCCAUCGGAAAGCAGGGCUUUGGAGAGCUCGCUCUGGGAGAUUCAGUCUCUACAAAACCAUUAUCACCCAGAUGUGGCCAAGGCAGCUGCUGUCCUGAACCAGUCACUGUCUGAAAUGGAGGAUGACAUAUCAGGGCUCCUGGAGCUCUCAGCGUAUGAGCUUUUUGAUAAAGAAGUAAAGAAAAAGGCAGUUGAUGUGCCCUUGGAGUUUGAGCAAGUACGAGGUUUGUUUGGGAAGAAAAAUGAUGUUUUUGCAGAGCACUUCACUUUAGAUUGACGUGAUCUCUUAUAAACACAUAUGUACAACUGACUGAUCGUAGGGACGUGCACAAAGCUCACGCAUUGUGCUCAGCAGUUCUGCCUUUGAAGUAUCUCCGUGUGAUGAGAGCUGGACUGCUUGAGAAGAGCGCAGCCUUCUUCGAUGACCUUUGCCACUACCC